CGAUUUUAUCAAUAUUCCUAUUCGCCCGCUUAUCACUUACUGCCUUUGUUAUAUUUGCUGUAUUCAAUUUUGUAAUUCUUUUUCUGUGACCGGGACAGGAAAAUUUCUAAAAAAUAGUUUUAUUUCACUUUCGGGAGCCGACAAGUCAACAUUCUACAACUGAAACCUGCCGAACAGAGUGUUUCUUAAAUACAAUUCGAGUAUAAAUUAAAUCAUUGCUAAAGUAUCUGUUUUCGAAUUAACUUCGUAUUAAAAAUGGUCAGAAAAGUGCUAUGUUUCCAAUUGGAUACAGUCACCAUGAUAGUAGGAUGGCUGGGAGUCGUGAUUUCUCUGACAGGAAUGACAAUAUCGGCCUUAUCUAUUGGCUUUGCGGAACAGAUUGCCAAAUGGUUUAUCUCAUUAGCACCGGAAGAAGGGGGGGCCAGUACCCAAGAUCCUGUUGAAAUUAAGACCCAUUUGAUAAUAGCAAGUACCAUAAAUAUUGUGUUAUGUUCCGUGAACUUAAUAGCAUCCUUUUGCUUAAUCUUGGGCACAUUGAAGGAACGACAUCUCUUACUCUUGCCGUGGCUGGUGAAUUCUGCCAUAUCAAUUAUUUUUAGUUUUAUAUACAACGCAUUAAUGGUAGCCAGAGUAAUAGAGGUUGCACUCCUAUCUGGAUUAGCUAUGAUGCUCUUCGCUACUCUUAUUUUGGCAUUUGAGGUUUACAUCUGGCUGGCAAUACAUACUCACUUCAAAACGCUCCAAGCAAAAACUUUUCAUCAAAGGCAGAAGCUUCUCUCGGCGUCGGCUGCUUCGUAUCCGUCCUAUACGAAACUCUAAUCAAAUAAUGUCGGUAUGAGACCGUGUGCCUUGUAGCUCGAUUUGGGUAACUAAACAAUUUGUAAUGGAUAUAUACAUAUGUUUGUACUAACAAACCACUGUAGGUAAAUAAAAAAUAUAUAUGCUACUAACAUAAAUUUUAUACAAAAUAAAGAUACAUUUGGAUUUGCAAAAUUUAUUUGUAACUUGAAAUUUUAAUACGAUAAAUGUGAAAACUGAUAAAC